UUCACGUCAAUUAGAACGUUCUGGUUUCCUUUCCGGCUAAGCAAAGCAUCGUGCGUCAUACGAAAAUCGUUUUAAAUUUAGAAAAUAUAAACGAAGAAACUCCGUUGCCGUCAUAAACUAAUUGUCCGAAGGACGGUGGCCGCUUUGAUAGCAGCAGCACAAGGUAAAGUGUCAACUAGAGAUAUAAAAUUUAUGCUAGAGGUGCCUUCGCACCACAGCUGGGACCCCAGGAUCAAAACAGUACCAGCCCACGGCCUCUACCUCUGCGAAGUAUCUUACUCAGAGACGGAUAGGGGGACAUUCCACGAAGUGAGUUAUUAAAAAAUUUCUUUAAAAAAAUAAAGGUAGUAUGGUAGGGACGCGGGUGUACGUCGGUGGGUUACCGUACGGGACCACAGAGCGAGACCUGGAACAUUUCUUCAGGGGUUACGGUCGUAUGCGCGACGUUUUAAUUAAAAAUGGCUACGGCUUUGUUGAGUUCGAUGACUAUCGAGAUGCUGACGACGCAGUUUAUGAAUUAAACGGUAAAAAAAUUUUAGGGGAGCGUGUGACUGUGGAAAAGGCCCGCGGAACUCCCAGGGGCCGAGACCAAUGGUCCAGCCGCAACGAUUACCGCUCCCAUGAACGUUACGGCCCCCCAACCCGCACCAACUACCGUCUCAUCGUCGAGAACCUUUCGUCUAGAGUCUCAUGGCAGGACCUCAAGGACUAUAUGCGCCAAGCCGGCGAGGUGACCUACGCGGACGCUCACAAGCAACAUCGCAACGAAGGGGUCGUGGAGUUCGCUUCGUACUCCGACAUGAAAAAUGCUUUGGAGAAAUUGGACGACACCGAAAUUAACGGACGUCGAAUCCGUUUAGUCGAAGAUAGAAGCGGUGGUAGACGUAGUCGUUCCGGGUCUUAUAGCAGUCGCUCUCGGUCGAGAAGUCGCUCACCAAGAAAAUCGCGUUCGCGAAGUCGUUCUCGAAGUCGCUCAAAAUCAUCGAAGAGUCGAUCGCGAUCCAAUUCGAGAAAGAAAUCGCCCGACGAUCGGUCGCGUUCUAAUUCGAGAAAGAAAUCAAUUGAACGAUCCAAAUCAAGGUCGCGAUCGCGGUCUCAACUAAAACGAUCAAAAUCGCGCGAUAGUCCCGAAUCAAGAUCAAGAUCACGUUCGCAAAGUAAAAAUAGAAGCAAGUCACGCAGUAAGUCAAGAAGUAAGUCGAGAAGUAAAUCGAGAAGUAAAUCGCGAAGUAAAUCUCGAAGCAAAUCGAGGAGUAAAUCUAGAAGUAAGUCAAGAAGUAAAUCAAGAAGCCGCACACCAUCCAUGGAUAAAUAAAUAAUUCAAUAUAUAAAACUAAUUAAGUACCCACCGUUAAAUAUUAUUUUUUUAAUGCAAUGAGUUUCUUAUCUUCACUAAUUAAUUCAAAAAAAAGUCUUAAACACACCUCAACCAUAAUUACACAAGCUGAUGGUCGCAAAUUGUUAGAAGACAACAACACCAUGACGCCGCUUCAAGAAACUUCCCAUGGAUUUGUUAUCGAUACCAAACCAGAUAACAUUCCAUCACAAAUCACAAAAAAUAUUUUCUUGGGGUCUCAAGAUUGUACCGAAAUUAAUGUAUUACAAAAAUUUGGAAUCAAUUACGUUUUGAGUGUUGGAAUUGAAGUUGAACGCCAUGCAGGGAUCAUUUACAAAUUCACCCCAUGUUUGGAUUUGCCAGAAACUGAUAUCACUGAAAUACUAAAAAAUGAUUGUUUUGAUUUUUUGGAUAUGGUUGUUUUAAACGAUGGACGAGUUUUGGUACAUUGUAACGCUGGAGUUUCGCGAUCAUCAGCUAUUGUGAUUGGGUAUUUAAUGUUAAAGGAUGGUGUAGAUUAUGAUGAAGCGUAUGAUGUUGUGAAACGUGUGAGGGUUGUUGCUAGACCUAAUGAUGGGUUUAUCAGGCAAUUAAAACGUUUGACUUGGUCUCGUUCGAAGUAGUUUUGUUUUGUUCAAUUAAUUAUUGUCAGUUUAAAGAAUGAUUAUUUGUUUUGUCAUGGUUCAAUUUUUAUUGAUGUAGAUUAAAAAACAAGUUUAAUGGUUGUCAUAAUAGAUUACUUUUGUACA